UACCUCUCAUUGCGCUUAACAGUAAAGUCGCGGAAGAAGCAGCGAAUCUGUCCGAAGGUACAACAAGGAGCAGGAAGCAUGUCUCUGACUAUGAACAAGGCUGAUGGGGUCACCGUGUUCACCCUGACCUCUGACCCUGGAAGUCGUUGGCCUCCUUUGUGUCAGAUCCUGAGGAGCAUCUGCUGCAGCCCAGUGUGCUGCUCGGUGUCCGAGCACCUGAGGAGGAUCCAGAGGAGCUCUCUGUCUGUGCUCGGGGCUCUGCAGAUCAUCGUCGGCCUGCUCAGCAUCGGCCUCGGCGCCAUCAUCUAUCUGAGUCAAACUUAUGUCUUUGAAAGAAAUGGGUUUCCUUUUUGGCUGGGAUCGAUGUUCAUUCUGUUUGGCAUCGUGUCCAUUUUGUCUGAGAAGUAUCCCAGUCCAUGUUUGGUCAUCCUGAACGUGGUUCUGAAUUUGGCAGGAGUGGCCUUUGCCAUCACCGCCGUUGUUCUCUACAUUGUGGGUAUAGCACAAGUAAACAUAUGGUGGUCUGACUGUGAUCAGCGUCGCUACUGGUCUUCUGUAACACAAAGGCCAUCUCCUGGAGAGGAGUACUACCAGAAUACCUGCUUGCGGAGCAAAAACCUGAUUCUGAUGCUGGUGAGGAGCCUCUGGGCUGUGCUGAUUGUUCUGUCCGUCCUGGAGCUCUGCGUGGUCAUCAGCUCUGUCGUCUUGGGGAUCAAAGCUCUGAAGAGCUCUGACGAAGAACAAAACAAGAGCUGCUGUGACUCAGAACAGAUCAAAGCUCUGUUGGAGGAAGUCUAAACCCAGUCUGACGCCUUAACACCUUCAACUGAUCAGAAACCACAUUUAUCACACUGAAUGGCUCCACUUUCGUUUUUAUCACAGUAGCUUCCUGAAAUUGUCUUCACAGAGUUGAAUGUGUUUGUGUUAAUUUUGAUUAUGACUGCCGUUUUUAUUUUUGUUUUUACAUCUGGGUUAAUGAGGGAGCUGUUUGUUUUUAUUAGGGCUGUAUGAUUAAUAACAAUAUGCCAUAAAAAUCUAAAUAAAGUAUCUUCUUUUUUUAUUAA